AUGGACAUAUAUCAUGUUUCAGAUAAAAUAAGAAACGAAACACCAAGCUUCCCAAUAAAUUUGAACCCAGCUAACAUAACACGUGAAUUGUUCGAACCCGCCUUACCGCUGAAAAUUAUCAUUCACGGCUUCGUAGGACAUCGUGACUACUCGCCAAACAUCGAAGUACGUCCUGCAUUACUGCAAUAUCAACAGGUGUACGUGCUCACUGUAGAUUACGGAACCAUAGCCGAAUUGCCUUGCUAUUAUCCUUGGGCUGUUUCCAAUGCUGGAGUUGUAAGCAAAUGUUUGGCUUUACUGAUCGAUAAUUUAAUUGAUGAUGGCAUCUAUCGUAGUGAGGAUGUGCAUAUAAUAGGUUUCAGUUUGGGUGCACAAAUAGCAGGAAUAACAGCCAAUUAUUUGAGAAAUCGUUUAAGAAGAAUAACUGGCUUAGAUCCAGCUGGUCCAGCUUUUGCAACUGACAAUCUUUCACAUAGGUUGGAUCCAAGUGAUGCUGACUUUAUUGAUAUUAUCCAUACAGAUCCAUUUGGACUGUCAACGAUUGCUACCCUGGGACAUGUAGAUUUUUACCCAAAUUUAGGACAACUCAGUCAACCUGGCUGUGGCAUUGGUCAAGAGGGGCGCAUUGUUAAUUGUAAUCAUUAUCGUGCUCCACGGUAUUAUGCCGAAUCUAUUAAAAAAUCGCAAGAAUUCUGGGCUUACAAUUGUGGAAACUGGUUGCAUUUCCUUUUGCAACGAUGCAACGAGUACGUGAAAACGCCCCAAACUAAGAUGGGAUAUUAUGUCUCAGAGGAUGCCGUGGGUUCCUAUUUUUUAACUACUCAUUCCAAAACACCAUAUGCCAAGGGUCCACUGAAAACUUAA